AUGAAGUACACGGAGGAGGCCUACCAGCUCACGGACGAGGAGUCCCUGGCGCCCGUGCGCGCCGCCCCGCAGCGCUCGUCGCGCGCGGGCUUCGCCGCCGCCCUCGUGGCGACGGCCCUGUCGUCGGCGGCCGUCACCUACCGCGUGGCGCGCCCCGCGGCGGGUGCCCCGGCGCUCAUGGCGCUCGACGGCGACAGCUCCGUCGUCGUCCACGCGCACGCGCUCUCGCUCCACACGUUCAUGUUGAGCCACAGCGACGUUCUCGACGCCAUCGACCUCAAGGUCGACUACCUCGGCUCCGCGGCGUCCAUCGAGGAGCACGGCAUCAUCUUCGAGUCCGUGAACAAGUACGAGCUCUGCGCGGAGGACUCCCUCGAGCAGGGCGAGUGGUGGCCCAUGGUCCACUGCAUGUACGGCCUCCAGGCCUGCAUGUCCUACACGGAGACGUCCGACGCCAUGUCGUGCUCCGAGGCCGAGUCGGGCGCCGACGACGACGUCGCGAUCCCGGGCAGCGACACGACGGGCCUCGACUCCUGCGUCUGCACGCUCGAGGGCGUCGUCGACUACUGCUCGGCGAAGCACACGUCGACGAACCUCACGACCCUCUCCGCCUGCACCAAGUCCGCGGAGGCGCUCACGUUGUACGAGGAGAGCAACAACGUCGCCUACGCGAUCAACGACGGCUCGCCGCUCUGGGUGACCAUCAACGGCAACGAGUACUCCUUCUCCACCAACGAGACGGACAUCGGCCUCGCCUCCUGGGCGACACAGGUCCUCUCCCUCACCUGCCAGGCCAUCGACGACUCCGGCGCGAGCCUCCCGUCGACGUGCUCCGACUACGUCUACCCGUCGUCGACGGACUCGUCGGACGUCGACAACACGGGCGGCGACGUCACGCCCGUCGUCCCCGUCUAA